AUGGAUUCCCUGAGAGAUAGCGAUGAAGAAGAUGUGAUAGAAAAACCACUUCAGUCUCAUGAAACCUACUUAUGUCAAGGUUUGAAACAGCUAUACCAGUCCCAACAACUUUGUGAUGUCACCUUGGGUGUUGAAGGAAGGAGCUUCCCUUGCCACAGGAUGCUGCUGGCAUCUGUUAGCCCUUAUUUUAGAGACCUUUUCACCAGCAGCAACAGCGAGUCUCAAAAUGGGGAGAUCUUACUUGAGGACAUGACUGCCUCCACACUCCACAGCUUGCUGGAUUAUCUCUACACAGAAGAAUUGUCCCUCUCAGCAGAGUCUGCCCAAGAUCUUUUCACAGCAGCUAGCAAACUUCAAAUCCUCCCAUUGAAAGAAACAGUUGGAAGGUUUCUUGAGCUGAACAUCUCCAUGGGUAAUUGCCUCAGCCUGUAUGGCUUGGCUUAUGAAUUCAAUCAUCCACCCUUGCUCCAAGCAGCUCUAUGCUACAUUGAACAACACUUUGGACCCCUCACAAAGCAAGAUGCUUUCCUGAACCUGGAUUCUGGUGCUUUGAUCAAUCUUAUCUGCUCAGACCACUUGGAGAUAGCCUCUGAACUGGUCAUCUAUCAGGCUGUACGCAGUUGGGUGGAAGCUGCAACCUCCACACGUCUCCCACUGUUUAAGAAGCUUCUUGGACAUGUCCGCUUUCCACUGCUCACCCACGAUGAGCUCGUUGAUGUCCAGGCAGAUAUUGCAGAAUAUUAUCGCCAUGUGCGCCUUAGGUGGAAAGAGCUUGAUGGGGCAGGGAGGUUGCAAGAGAGUGGCGGGCUCAGAAAAGGCAUGUAUGACAACUAUUUUGUGUGUGUAGAGGUCAAUGAAAAUAGGACCCAGGAUGGAGACAACCCACAAUCCUAUCUGCAUUGUUUUGAUCCUCAUGCAGAGAAGUGGGAGAAGUUACCACCAGUGAAGUAUCUGAGCUACUCUGGAUGUGCUUCCAUGGGAUGCAAACUUUAUUUGUCUGGUGGUCAGAAGGACAAUUGUACAUUUGUUGACACUCUUCAUGAAUACAGUUCCUUGACCAGUCAAUGGAUGCAGCUUCCAUCUAUGAGCAUAACCCGGGCACUGCACCCCUUCCUAGCCUGCAACAAGAAACUCUAUGCUGUGGGAGGCUGCAAUGACUUGGGCCCUCUCUCUUUUGCUGAGGUCUUCUGUGUGGAGCAGAAUACCUGGACUUCCAUUGCUAACCUACCCCUUGCUUUGAUGUACCCUGCUUCGGCAGUGCUCAAGAAUAAGCUCUACCUGAUAGGGGGAAAAGCUUCUCGGAGCUACCAGGGCCUUCUUAUCUAUGACACAAAUGCUGAUUGGUGGACUGAGGUGCCAAUGGAGUUUGCCUGUUAUGGAGCAGCUGCUGUCUCAGUUGGAAAUGGGAUAUAUGUUUUUGGUGGAUACUCAGAGGAGAGGGGCAAUGUUCUAGUCCAUACUGCAAUGGCCAGUGAAGAGGCUCCUUCCUGUACCAAGAGUAGCUUUUACCUCUGUGAGAAUGGCAGAGUGAAUUGGGAAGUCAAUAUACCAGAACUGCCCAUAGCCUUGGCAUUUGCUUGUGCAAUGGAAUGGCAAGGUAAGAUCUACCUGUUAGCAGGCAAAGAUGAGAACAAUUCCUAUUACACAAGCUACGGCUGGGUACCCGAGGACACAAGUUGGACCCAGUGCCCAGAAGUAAUCCCUGCCUCCAGUGAGGUGGAAAUGUUCAACUGUGCAGCCUUGAAGAUGCCCAAAAAGCCAAUCCGACUUCUUCUGCUUGCAACAACAGCAAAGUCCACUGUGGCUGGGGUGGAUGAUGCCAAAAAAGGACAGCCAGGUUCUUACACAAAAGACGGCUGCGGGCUGAACUGCUGUUGGGGUGGAAGUUAA